CUCUCCUCCCUCUCCCUCUCUCUCUCUCCUUCUCUGUCGCUCUCUCCCUCCCUCUGCAUGUGUUCAGCUGCUCCAGCUGUCGGUCUCCCCACUCACUCUCUCAGGGUCAUACAGGCAGGAGUUAAGGGACCACUUCUGUACGCCAACUCAGCCGGGCCGAUCACAGCCGGAGACAGAGGGACAGACAACACCAUCGUGAAGGCUCAUCUAUCUGCCACUUGGCUGCUCUGCAUUUCACAAACCAGCCCCCUGUCACCUUUAAGGCGUCGCUACCUGUGUGUUAGUUGUAUGUGUGUGUGUAUGUGUGUGUGUGGGUUUGUGUGCAUGUUUGUGUUGUACGUGUGUUCCUGUGCUGUCUCCUGUCAAUUAGUGCAUUAGUAUGCAGGGUGCCUGUGUGUCAAUCUUGUGCGUGUGCAUAUGUGUGUCUGUGCUCCUUCGCAGUGCUAUUUCACAGCCUCCUACAGAAAGUGACACCUACACGGAAUGCACAGAUGGAUAUCACUGGGACCCUCAGACUGAACACUGCAAAGACAUAAAUGAGUGUGAAACGAUCCCUGAUGCCUGUAAGGGGGAGAUGAAGUGCUUCAACCACUACGGAGGAUACCUGUGUCUUCCCCGCUCUGCCUCAGUCAUCCCGGCCCCAGAGCCUCCCAUUGCGCCCACGGAGCCCUUUAACCCCUGCCCUUUGGGCUACGAGCCACAGGGAGACAGCUGCGUUGAUAUCGACGAGUGUGAACGAGAAGAACAUGACUGUCAGCCAAGUCAGCAGUGCAUCAACACACUGGGAGCCUUCACCUGCCAGUGUCCAGACGGUUACCGCAAGGUCGGCACAGAGUGUAUCGACAUUGAUGAGUGCAGAUACAGAUACUGCCAACAUCGCUGUGUCAACGUCCCCGGCUCCUUCUCCUGCCAGUGUGAACCAGGCUUCCAGCUGGCAGGAAACAACCGGUCCUGCAUUGAUGUGAAUGAGUGCGAUAUGGGAGCUCCCUGCUCCCAGAGGUGUUAUAACACUUAUGGCACCUUCCUCUGUCGCUGUGACCAGGGCUAUGAGCUGGGGCCCGAUGGCUUUGCAUGUAACGAUAUUGAUGAGUGCAGUUAUUCAAGCUACCUGUGCCAGUACCAGUGUGUCAACGAACCAGGGAAGUUCUCCUGUGUGUGCCCAGAAGGAUACCAGCUGCUCGGCACCAGACUAUGCCAGGAUAUAAAUGAAUGUGAAACAGGUGAGCACCAGUGUAGUGAGACGCAGACCUGCGUGAACAUCCACGGACGAUACCAGUGUGUGGACGCCAACCGAUGCCAAGAUCCUUACGUACAAGUGUCAGAAAAUCGCUGUGUGUGUCCUGUCAACAAACCCGCCUGUCGAGAUCUGCCUUUCUCCAUUGUCCACCGUUACAUGAGCAUCACCUCAGAGCGCUCCGUCCCCUCCGACAUCUUCCAGAUCCAGGCCACCAGCGUCUCCCCGGGAGCAUACAACACCUUCCGCAUCCGCUCCGGUGAUGAUAAUGGAGACUUCUACAUCAGGCAAAUCAAUAAUAUCAGUGCCAUGUUGGUGCUGGCUCGUGCUGUGUCAGGGCCCCGGGAGUACACGUUGGACCUGGAGAUGGUCUCAGUUAACCCUCUGUUGAGCUACCAGGGCAGCUACCAGACCAGCUCCGCCCUCCGACUCUCCAUCUACGUGGGGCCGUACACCUUUUAAAGAAGAAACAGAAGACGAAGAGUGAGGGAGAGUAGUGCAGAAAGAGAGAGCCAGGGAAAAUAGAUGCAAAAAAAAAAAAGAAGCUGUAAAACAGAAGUGGUCGAAGCAGUUCAACCAGUCACUGUGAUGUUACACUCUUAACUUUUUGUAUUUAAUCUUCUAAAGAAGCCACACAUCUGUCAGGUCACAAUAUAAAGUUUAUACAUACAGCACAGUGCACAAAUACCAUGUAGCAGCAACCUCACACAUGCAUAACAGCUUUAACAUAAUUAGUCCAGUCAAAUUUGUUCCCUUGUGUUUAAUCUGUUCAUUAUCCUUGUGCAGGAUGUCAUUUUUACCACCAGUAUGUUUUUGUUCGACAGCAUCGUUCUGCGGUUGCUGUGUAUAAAAAGGGAUUGUAUUUCUCCUCACAUCUGUUCAGGGUGAUAACAAAUCUGUGUGACAUAUUUUCUGCGUGCCUUCAGGUGGAGUGAUUCACACCCAGCGUUACCAGAUUAAUGUGUUUUCGCCAGUUUACAUCCUUAUCUUCGGUCCUGCUUUGUCACUUUCUUCUUGUCAGCCGUGUUUCCUGUUGACAGAUGUGAUUCAGUAACCACUCAGAUCAGACCUCAGCAUCUCAGCAUCCACACUCCUGCUUUUUUACCCUCCACCGUCCUUUCCUAUGUACUCUGUCACUGCCGGUGUUAGAUUUGUCACAUUUCUGAUCGUGUUGUAUUUUGUUUUUUUGUUUUUGUUUUUUUUUUUUUGUCUAAGAUUGGAUCCCUAAUAAAACAAUAUACCUUUUCA